AAAUUCGUCUUUUCGACCGAUAUUACACUCUGAUUUCAAAAAUUCGUAUAAUUAUUAUCGAAGGACCUGUCUCAAAAACGGCUACAAAAUUGAGCUCGAUUUGCAUCAACGGGCUGCCGGCCAUUUCAUGAGAGCCGGCGGCGCGAUGUGCGACGGAGCUUUCUCCGAGACGCUUCGUGGGAUGCAGGGAAUGUCGGGAGCUUCACCUCCCGGCGGAGCCGGCGGUGGACCGAUGGGAAUGACCAUGGGGAGCCCGAUGAACGCGGCGAACAAGAAAAUCCAGGAGGAUCACAUAAAGAGACCGAUGAACGCUUUCAUGGUCUGGUCCAGGCUACAGCGGCGGAAGAUUGCCCAGGAGAACCCGAAGAUGCACAACAGCGAGAUCUCCAAGAGGCUAGGGGCAGAAUGGAAGCUUCUCACCGAAGACGAGAAACGACCGUUCAUCGACGAGGCCAAAAGACUCCGGGCUAUGCACAUGAAGGAACAUCCGGACUACAAAUAUCGACCCAGAAGAAAGCCGAAAACCCUCAGGAAGGAAGGCUACCCCUACAGCAUUCCUUACCCGACUGUGCCAAUGGAUGCCCUCAGAGCUGGAAUGGCCGGUGGCAUGGGACAGGCGAGUAUGGGGUCUUAUUACGGCCCCGCAGCAGCUUACGGCACAUUAUCUGCCGCCAGUAUGGCAGCCGCCGCAGCGGCUGCAGCCCAGCAAUCCGCUGCCGCAAUGUCUGCCGGUCUCUCGGCACCUGCACAGGUGGUCAGCUCUAUGGACGCCAUGAAGUAUUCGAUGGAAGCCGACAAAUACCGAGCCGCUUACAUGCCGCCGAGCACACUGACGAUGAGCAUGUACUCGGACCCGAAGUACCUCGACUCGAGCCCCAAGUCGUACCUGGACCGGGGCUACCUGGACUCGGCGAUGACGAAGGCCUACUUCGAGUCCUCGAAAAUGUACAUGGACCAGAAGUCGGUGAGCAGCGGUGACUACAACAGGCCGAGCUACGAGCCGAACAAGCUUUACGAGGAGUCGAGCCCUGGGGGGCCGGGAAGAUCGCCGGCGGAGUCGCCGGACAUGAGCAAGCAGACCGGCGAGAGGACCGAGCAAGGCUCCUCCAGCGCCAGCUCGACCUCGACUUCCUCCGCGGCGAGUCCCGGGGGCCUGAACAGCUACUAUCCAGGAUCCAGGCAGCCGGGGCUGCUGCCCCCGCAGAUGGGACAGUACCCGGGUUACCAGGUGCCCCCAGCACCAGGAAACGACUUUCCGCGACCGCUGGCGGUCAUCUUCUGACCCGACAGAGUCUAGCCCGUGUAUUGGUGAGGAGCCAGAGGCGAAGCGAGGUUGUCGCUCUCUCCGGAAUCCAGCUUCUAACGGCGGCGAGUCGGUGAUUUUAUCAUCGUUUCUCUCAUCCGCGAGGGGAUUAUUCUCGAGGAAUUGUUGGAAAUUGUAAAUAUAUAAUAAUAUUACACAGGCAAAACACGCGACACACGCGAGAACACUAAUUAAUACAUCUAUUAUCCUGCGAUAGGUACUUUGCUUGUAAAUAGCCGAUCAGUUUAUAUUACAGACAUAGGCGAUUCAAUAUUUUUCCUGAUCUCUCUGGGCCUGAA